UGCCCCAGGGGUUUCUUCACCCUUGGCUGACUGCUGCCCUUCGGAUCCACCCCUUUGCCCAAUCCGGCCCCAAGAGCGUUCCCGUGGGGCUCGGCACGGCUCCAGCGCGGGGCACGGAGCUAUAAAUGCGACGGCACCGCUCCCCAUCCCACCGGGGAAGUCCGUGAGGCGAGAUGAGGACCGUGGGGUUGAGCCUGGGGCUGGUCCUGCUGUGCUUGCUGCGUGUGCAGGCUGAGGAGCUGGGAACUGCGGGGCCGGAGGAGAGCAAGAUUGCAGGGACAUGGUACAUCACUGCUAUGGCAUCUGACUCCAAGAUCUACCUCCAAAAGAAGGACCAACUGAAGAUGGCAAUGGCCAACAUUGAGGUCCUGGGGAAUGGUGACCUGAAGGUCUCCUUUGCAAUUCCCACAACCAGCCUCAUUCCAGAAGCCCAGAGCAUGAGUGAGGGCAUCAAUAAUCCCCAAGUGACAGCACUGUCCCCUGCCAGCCCAGGUACCCAUUGUUCCAAGGGUGGUAUCUGUCCCCUCCUCCACUGGCCACACCAUCCCGUCUCUGAACACCCUGAGAGAUGUAUGAAGUUUGAAUCGAUCUACACGCCAACAGGCAGCCCGGGUGAAUACUACAGCUCUGACAGAGGCAAUAAGACAGUGCGGCUGGUGGACACCGACGGCACUUCCUACAUGGUUGUCUUUGCCACCAGAGAGAAAGAAGACGGGAAGAUCUUGCACAUGCUGAGACUUUACAGCAGAACCCAGUGGGUGAGACCCAAAAUCAAGACACUGUUCAAGAGACUUGCUAAGCUGAAUGGCUUCACCGACGAGACAAUCUGGAUUUUGCCCAGGCAGGAGGAAUGCAGACUUGGUGAACUGUAGCUGUAGGGGUUACUAGAAAUCCAUUGCUGGAGAUGCCUCACCCUACAAAUCUGGGGAGAACUGGAGAAGAAUGCACUGAUCCUAAUGGAGAGUCCCACUGGUCUUGUCUCACCCAGACACCACCUCUCCCACCUGUUUUCCAGAAAGUGCAGACUGGCUUGUAGAUGCUCUUGCCAAGCAAUGCAAGACCCACGCUCUGAAGCUCCAGGCUCCUGCUCCAUCAUCCUUCUUCCAAGCUCUGUUAUCAGGACUCGGACACAGCCCCUGCUCCUCCAGCACACAGUCCCUGCUUUUUGCCAAAUAAACAGAAACCCUCCCCA